AUUUAUAAAGUUAUUGGCUUCUAAAGUAAGGAGUCGACUCUGAAUCGCUGAAACGAGUCGUUAUAGAUUUCAAAUCUUUUGCCCAUCUCUAUGUACGUCACUAGGAGCACUUUGUAUAAUAAUCUCCACCUACCGUCCUGGGAGAAACGAACUCUGACCUUUUUGGAAACUCUGACAUUUUAGAAAAUGUCACACUGAAUGGAGAGGAGCUUCCUGGCUGUCAAGAGCAUUUAAACCCUGGUAAAUGAUCAUUUCAGAAUACAACAGGAUCAGUGACGACUUGAUUACAAUAUGAAUAAAGCAUCCUCAGGAAUGGUUUGUUAGCUUGUUUAUCUCUGUCUGAUAAAUCCAACCUCACUGGCACUUUCCUCAGAAAUCCAGCGUCUGUUACUCUCAGUGGCGUCUCUCUAGGUCACGCUCUGGAGGCUGUCUGCUGGUUCCUGCUGCAGUACGUGCUGAAAAAAAAGAAAACUUGCAGCUGCAGAAGACAGCAGUGGAUAAGUUCAUGAAGAUCCCGUUCCACACCGGAUGGUACAAACAACAUGGUGGCCUUUUCUACUUCCUGGAUGUAGACAGUCAUUGUCCGACUCAGUUAAGAGUGGAGUAUGAAGUUGUGGUGGCCUCACUGAAGCUCGUGAGGCCAAACUUCCUGAUGGCCUACAGUCACAGAGGAGAGCCUCAGCUGCUGGACCGCUUCAAGCUGAUCUAUGACCACACCUUCAGCCAUGAUUUCAUCUGGAGUAAUCACAGGUUCUUCCAUGUUCCUCGAUGUCUCUACAUGUGUGAGAAGCUUCUGGACGGUCUUCUUGAAAGGCAGGAUUCUUGAACUUGCACAAACAGUUUGCACUCCAAGACCAAGAUGUGACAAAGUGAAACAGAUGCUCCUGUAACUGAUCAGUUUGCACAAAAUGCAAUCGUUAUACAUUUUUAAUCACACAGUUUUCACUAUUCUAAUUAGACCCUAAUUUCAGUAUCACGCUCACACUUAUAUUCAUUUUUUUUUUUUAAGUCAUUUGUUUAUCAUUUAAAAUGAAAAAGGGACUACAUAGAUUGUCUUUUUGUUUUUUUUAGAUUUAAAUAUUUCUAGCCAUGUACUAUGUUUGAUAGCUGAUUUGUCUUGGAAACCUUUUAUUUCCAAGACAAUAUAUUUUUUUACUUUACUAUGACACUUUUUCCUUUAGUUGAUUGUUUUUGUAGAUCUCACCGUGUGAAUGAGUGUCCUACCCAAACACAGGCACACUGUUAACAGGACUUCUGAAAUUCCUAAACACCCUUCUUAAAAAAACACUUCAGAUAAACUGAGUUUAUAAUAACUGGCUAAAUAAUGAAACGGAUUCCUAAAACAAGUCUAAACUUUUAUUUUCUAACAAGAGUGAAAAGAAACAAAGGCAACAUUGAAAUGAAAACGUUUAUACACAAACUCACGACCAAUGCGUGUCUGGAAUAGCAAUACCAAUAAUAAUAAUAAUAGAAUAAUAAUAGAAUUAUUAGAACCCCAGCAUCAAAAGAUGGAGAUAAAGGGCGUUAAAGAGAUUUUGUACAGUUCUGUGAAGAGGACGAAGGGUAGAGAGCAGGUCGCUUUAAAGAGAGGACAGAAUCACUGAAAGGAAAUGACAAUGAAGACAGCAAAACUCAGAGGAAGUGGAAAAGAGAGAAAGGACUAUGCAUCUUAGGAAAGUAGCACCAGAACAUAAAUGCCUUUGAUUUUCCAUCACACUUUCAAAAUAUUAUACUAGUUUAUUCACAAUGUUGAAUCUCCCUGACAAAAUGUCAGAUUCGGUACAAAAAGAAUACGGGUUUCCUUAUGGCAGCGAUGCCAGUCUCCUGCUAAACGCCCCUUCUGCCUGUCAUCAAGUGUGUCUGUGUGAAUACCUGGACGAGUCGCAUAAUGCAGCAGACCACAUUUGUGUUAAGAACAGUUUGGUACAUCUACAUUGUGGAGACAGACAGUUAAACCACAGGGCAGAGCCAGAGAUCUGCAGCCUGCGCCAGUGCACCGUUCAGGACCAGGGGUGAGAACAGAGGCAAAGGGGAAGAAAAAGUGCAGUGGUUAGUAGGGGCGGAGCAUCCACUUGAUGGGUUGAAA